UUUCACACAAAAAAAUCAUUAAAAAUUUUGCUUGUCACAUCAAAAUUCCUGUAUGUCAAAAUGUUGAACCCAUUUUCAUCAACCAACACUAACAUCUUCGACGAGAGAACGCAAAAUACGACUCCAGGGACGCUUUUCGGUCAAGAUGUCCUAGUUUCGCAAGAACAACAUCGAAAAAUAUUCAACACUCUAACGACAUCAGUAACCGGAAUGCCCGGAAUUUACCCAACAAUGCAACCAAGUUUCCAAGACCCCAACGCUGUCACUUUUACUUUCAAAGCAAACCAAGAGUACUACCCCCAAAAUUAUUGGUACUGUCAAACUCCAGCAAUGCAGAGUUUGAAUCAAUUGCAGCAACAAACCGCUGCUGAUUUGCUCCAACUGCAAAGACAGUUGAAUCAGCCCUACCAGUGCAAAUUUCACCUCGAUUGUCAGACUUCGACCACGGAUUUGGGGGCAAAACCAGAAGCGAGGCCUGAUUUAAAAAACCUCGCAGGGAUGAUACUUUGUACUUGCACAUGGCUACAAGGGCCGAUUUCAAAAAAUCACAAAAAAUUAAUUCUGAAAGAAGUAACUCCUAAAAUUGAAGGGAGCAUCUGCGACCAAAUCAACCAAGAGGAAGAAAAAGCGAAAAAGGUCAGUUUCGAAAGUCCGGAAGGGAUGAAAAAUGCCCAAGUUCAAGCUGAGUGCAAAUGUCCAUCAUGCACUGGUCAUAAAGGUCUGGAAACUCCGGUACGAGUCAAGCAAAAGAGGAGAAGGAACCGGAAAAAGUCGCCAACAACAACCACUGAUGAAAGCACCGAUAACGAGAGUGACGUUCGAUAAAACUGACAAAUUUGACGUGAAAAUGGCCACAAAAAAAUUCAUGUUUGACGAUUUAGACCAUUUUGUAGACAGGCGAAUAUGUGAAUUGCGAGAUUGUGAAGAACAUUUCUUCAAUAAUUUGACUUUUGUUACGCAAUUGCUGUAUUACGUGACAAAUUCCAGAAACAAGUUGGAAAUAAUUUACACGCGUUUAGUGAACAGUAAAAUGGCUCAUGACGCAAUCGACUCUACUUUAUCGUGCGUCCAAAACAAUCAAAAUAAAUGGGAGGAAAUUUUGCGCAGCUUUGAAAAUAAAUGUUACUGUAAUGAAAUUAUUGAUGAAAAUCGAGCUUGCAUAUACAAACUCGCAGAUAAUUUAUUCGCAACCUUGUCGAACCACUACGAGAUGCUCGAUAGUAUUGAGAGUAAAGUAACCGACUGUCAUGUUAAAAACAAGGAAGAACCGAUUUAUUUAUUAAUCCAAAUCAUGAACAUGAAUUUAAACAUGUUGGAUAAAAUUAACAUUCACAUCGAGAAACUGAAGAACCGUGUAGAUUUUUACGAAAACAUUUGGACUGAAUGGAAAAAACGCUGCAUUUAAACAUGACUUAUUUACUCAUGUUUGCUUCUCUUCGUCGCAAAGUUGGUCUAAUAAAAUAAACAAUAAAUGAGCUUAAGACUAAUAAGAUCACUAUAACAAUAUUUGUUGCGGUAUAUCCAAUCAAGUCGU